AUGUAUUCGGCUGAGUCGAGCAAGUUGAGACAGCCAGACAAACAGCUAGGUAUUCGUAGACAACAUUCAACAACUCCUUCAACAGGGGCUGUCGUCAUCAAAGCCCCGGCCGGCAGUGCCUCCUCUGAUCUUGCUCCAUCUCGUCCGCCAGGCUGCUGCACUCUGCAGGUCUGCUCAUCCCGGCCCUCCUUGUGGUCCGCUUCUCUCUCCAUCUCUUUCUGUCUGUCUCUUUGCUUCUCCCCCUCCCAUGCUGUGGUCAAACCUGCAUUAUGCUCUUCUUUGAGACGGCGUUGCAGCCUCGGCCAGCAGCCACCCGUCUCACCAACUCUUUUCGGAACGCGGUCAACCCCAGGUGGCUACCCGACGACAGCUGCCUCUUCUCGAGGCACCUACAACCACGCGCCGUCCCCUCCUCCAUCCAGCCCAUCAUUUGCCAUGCUCACCGCUCUGCGCUCCGUGUCGUCCAUUUUCAACCACGCCAAGUUCUCGCUCGACACCACCAGCAAAGCCGCCUGCUCUGCAUCGACAUUCCCCGAUCAAGCCACCCUCGUCCUGGUCUGGACCAGCAGGUCCCCUUUCGCCCUAGUCCACGCCGCCUCCAGACCUCGCCAUGCACUCAAGACGCAAGACUCGCGCUCGCUCAGCGCAGCAAGGGUGCAAGGGUUCCCAUUCCCUACGCCGAUCCUCCCUCAGCCUCCCCGCCGUUUGCUUUCAAUAUCCCAGGACUCAUCCACGGCCAACCCCCACCCUCCAAGACGACCCCUCCUUGAGCAAACAAGGACGCUCCUCUCCAGUCUUCCGUCGUCUCCGUCCCCUCCAUCUCGAAAAUGGACCACGCCCGUUUGGGUCUACCAGCCCUCAGCGUCCACCCUCAACCACAGCAAACGGUCGUCGUCGUCGUCGUCGUCGCCCUGCCUAAGCUGUGUGGCGUCGCGUCAAGUGGCUCCGUGCGCUCGACGACUUCGAGGUCGUCCCGACUCUUAG